UCCAUGUAUAUAAUUUCCACAGAUAUAGCAGUUCCUUUAUAGAAAUUUGAUUCUUUAAAAAGUUAAUUAAUUAAAAAUAUUUGGUUUUCGCUAUUGUAAUUGCAUAGAAAAAUCAAUCAUUUGAUUGGUACAACGGAAUAUUACAAGGAACUUUUAAAAGUGUACAAAAAAGAGCAGCUCAUUCUCAAGGAAAUACUAAAAUAAUAACAUAAAAAAAGUGAAAAAUGAUCAGCUAAGAUAAUUUCUAAUCAAAACAAACAAAUGCUCCACAUUUCGCCAUCAUUUACCGAAAAAUCUUACCAUUCGGACCUGAAGAUGAAUCACAUCAACAUUUUACAAGCAGAAAGUAAGCAACAGAAGCAAAAUAAUUCAAAAAGUACAUCCGGAAGUAGUUCGAAUGCCAACAAUAAUAAUAAUGGAGUUGUGUAUGUUGAUUUGGGAAAAGUUCUUUUGGAAGCAGCUAAAAUGGGUGAUGCUGAAAAGGUACAGGAAUGCAUUAAAAAUGGAGCGCCUUUUAUUACUGACUGGCUGGGAACUUCAGCCUUGCACGUAGCAGCAAAGAAUAAUUUUUAUGACACAUGUGCCACUCUUUUACGUUCGGGUAUUUCAAAAGAUGCAAAGACUAAGGUCGAUAGGACACCUUUACAUUUCGCAGUAUUCGAAGGGAAUUUUGAGAUUUGUCAGUUACUAAUUCAGCAUGAAUGCUCAAUUGAUCCACUUGAUAUGCUAAAAAUGACACCGUUACAUUGGGCUAUUGAGAAAAGUUAUGACAAUAUUGCAGAGCUUUUAAUUGAGAAUGGUGCAAAUCCUCACGUCAUGUCAAAAUUCCUUAAAACGCCAUAUAUGCUUGCAAAAGAGAAGAAUAAUGAUUUCAUUGUAAAUUUAUUAGAAAUGCUGCCCACAACUCCAUUAUCAUCCUCAAGUCAUUUUGACUCAUCGAGUGUUUUUGUUAAAACUCCAACACUCACAACACCAGCUAAAAUUAAGGACGAACCAGUAUCAUCAUUAAGUGACGUGCCACAAAAGUCAACUCUUAAAAGAGAACGCUUUCAUUCUUAUGACUCGGCUGAUACGAAACGAUUAAAAGCAUCUCAAAAUGAUGCAAAAAAUCUUACGUUGCAAUUAUUAAAGGAACAAAUGAGUAUGAUGACGUCAAAUGCCGAGGACAAUUUAAUACAGUCAGCAAUACAAAGUGGACGAAAGAUUAUGUUAACGGAAGCAGGAAAAAAGUUGUUAAACGACUCGAGCCUCAAUAAAUUUUUAAAAAUUCCAUUAAACACGACAAUAUCAUCAGCACCAACCUCAUCGCUCAAUCUGUCCAAUAAAUUAUCUCCAUUGCCAUCACCAUCAUCGUCGAUGACGAGAAGAUCGACAGGUGGUGAUAAUUCAGAUGUACUGGAAAUUUUCAGAGAAACAAGUGCAAAACUGCAACAGCAGCAAAAUGUGAAAACAAAUACAGAUAUUUUGAACAUAAUCAGAACAACAAAUGAUCUACAAGAGGUCACAAUAACACAGCGAUCAUCAAAAUUAUCGCCUGUAUCACCAAUACAAAAAACUGGUGUAAGCCUUUCUGCCAUAAAUGUGCCAAAAGCGAAAGCUCAAAAUUUGACUAAAACAAAUUUAAUGAAAACAAAUCAGUUGCCUUCGACGACGGAUAUCGUAAAUAGUUCCGACUUCCGUUCAAAAUGUCAAAAUAUUAGUAAUAAUAAUAAUAAUAAUAACAAUAAUAAUUUUAACAAUACUAAUAAUAAUAUUAAUAGUUGUACGGAUGACGAUUUCUCCAAGCCGGAAAUCAUUCAACGGAAGUAUUCGGAAUUAUUUAACAACUAUCAGCAAUUGAAGAAAUCAUUUGAGAGGGAGCAACAGAAAAGUGAUGUACUGCAAAGGCAAUUAACGCAAUUGCAAUCAAACUUUGAAUCGUACAAGCGUCAACAGCAGUUGAAAUUUGAUUCCAUAUUACAAGUACUAUUACAAAAAUUUGAUAAUACUAGCGGUGAAAGAAACAUAUUUAAGUAUAAUUUUAUUAACAAUACUGAUAACAAUGACGAUGCAGAAGAAGUCCUGUGAUUCAUGAUGUAUCUAUUCAGGGUUGGAAGGCUGCGAAUGACAGCACAAAUAAACAUGUUGAUCAUUCGCAGUUAUCAUAUCCUGUAUCUAUCGAUUGUUUUUAUUGUAUAUAUCAUUAGUAUCAAUGAUAACAUUUUCUUUUUUCAAAUAAUGAUGAUGACGACGAAAAAUGACUAUAUAUUUUUCUAUAUUGCAACUUUUCUCAAACAAAAUUUGCCUGAGAAAUUAAAUAAAUUAGUUUUAG